AUGUCCGCACCUACACCAGACGCCGCGGCGCCGGGCGGCUCGACCUCGUCGUCGCUGCUCAAGAAGUUCAAGCUCGUCUUCCUCGGCGAGCAGAGCGUGGGCAAGACGUCGCUCAUCACGCGCUUUAUGUACGACACGUUUGACAACACGUACCAGGCGACGAUUGGCAUCGACUUCCUGUCCAAAACAAUGUACCUCGAGGACCGGACGGUGCGGUUGCAACUCUGGGACACUGCUGGACAAGAACGCUUCCGUUCCCUCAUCCCGUCGUACAUCCGAGAUUCAUCAGUCGCGGUGAUUGUCUAUGACAUUACGAGCCGCGCAUCCUUCCUCAACACGACCAAGUGGGUCGACGACGUGCGCAACGAGCGCGGCGACGACGUCAUCAUCGUGCUCGUCGGCAACAAGACCGACCUGAACGACAAGCGCCAGGUGACUCCCGAGGACCUCGACAAGCGGGCCAAGGAGCUCGGCGUGAUGAGCAUUGAGACGAGCGCAAAGGCCGGGCACAACGUCAAGGCGCUGUUCAAGAAGAUUGCGCUGGCGCUGCCUGGUGGCAAUGCGGACGCUGGGGCUGCGGCCGCAAAUCAGAAGAUCGACGUCUCCGCGCCCGCCGAGGAGAUCCCCUCGGCUUCGUCGUGCGCGUGCUAG